UAAAGCUUUUAGUUUUCUAUAUCACUCUCAACUCUGCUUCUUUUCAAUCAGUUACAUUUUCUUUGGUAUUCCAAUGGCCACUGUUGAGGUUGUGUCAGCAAAGGUUUCCCUCCCAGAGGACACAAAAGAGGCAUCAUUGAAGGCUGAUGAGAAGAAGAACACAGAAGAAGUUGUUGAGACUCCAACACCAACACCAGAAAAUGUCGUCACUGAGCAAACAAAGGAGGAAAGUACUGAGGCCCCACAACCUGCAGCUUCAGAAGACAAGCCCUCGGUUGAAGUUGUGUCUGGAACUGUCACAGAAGAGCCAACAGUUGAGAAGACAGAAGAGGAAACUUUGAAGCAAGAAGCUCCUGAGGAAACAAAAGAAAAUGAUGAUCCUACUGAGGUUAAGACACCAGAAGCUGCAGAAGCAGUGACAGAAACACAGAAAGAAACUGAGGCUGAAGCUAAGGAAGAGGCUAACACAGAAGCCCCGGCAGAGAAAAGCGAGGAGGAGAAAGAAGGGCCAGCUGAAAAGAAAGAUGAGGAAGUGAUUGCAGAAGCAGAAGCAGAAGCUGAGAAGAGCGAGGAGGUCACAGUCACAGACACAGAGGCUCCAACUGAGAAGACUGAGUAAAGAAAGUGAAGAGGGGAAAUGUGCAGUUUAUGUGACUGUUUUAGUUGCAUCAUGCCAUAAUGUCUUGUUGCUCCAUGUUUUUUCUUUUCUUUGUUUAGUGAUCUAAUAAAAUGUCUAGCUAGGAAUGAGUGAUGACCCACUUAAGUUUACGAAUGCCAACCAUCAGUACAAGGACCACAUGGCAUGUACUCUUUCGAUCUGUUUAUGUACUGUGAGCUCUGAUCCAAUGAAUAGAAGUAUAUUAUGGUCCUUAUUGUGUGAUUCUGCAUGUAGGGUAACUUUCUUUGUUCAAAUAAAUAUGUAGAUUAUUUA